UGAACACUCAGUAAGGGUCCAUUCUGAUCCCGUCGCAGAGCUGCUGUGAAUCAGGGAGGAAUUAGGAAUUAGGAAUUAGGAAUUAGGAAGAUGGAGAUUGUUGGCUGAAUAGUAUUCAGUUUUGUUAUUUAUGUUUUUAAUUCGCCAGUUAUGCUUUCAGUGUAAUAUGUUUGUUGUAUUUACAAGUGCUGUAGUUGAUCAACAUCUCAUGGUUCCAGCAUGCCACAGAAGCUGCUAAAGAGUGCCCAUUACAUAGAGCUGGGGAGCUAUCAGUACUGGCCAGUGCUAGUUCCAAGAGGGAUACGUUUGUACACAUAUGAACAGAUUCCUGUGUUCCUGAAAGAAAACCCCUACAUCACAGAUGGGUACAGGGCAUAUUUACCUUCUAGGCUGUGCUUAAAAAGUCUCUUCAUCCUGUCCAAUGAAACGGUGAAUAUCUGGAGUCACCUCAUGGGCUUCUUCCUCUUUUUCACCCUGGGGGUCUAUGAUAUGUCAGCAGUGCUGCCUGCAGCCGGGGCCUCCAGGGAAGACUAUGUCAUCUACUCCAUCGGCCUCUUCUGCUUUCAGGUGUGCAUGCUUUGCUCAGUGGGGUAUCACCUGUUCUGCUGCCAUCGCUCAGAGAAAACAAGCCGCCGCUGGAUGGCAUUAGACUACGCCGGCAUCUCCAUCGGAAUCCUUGGCUGUUACGUUCCAGGGGUUUUCUACGCCUUUUAUUGUAAUGAUUACUGGCGGCAAGUGUAUCUGAUCACAGUAUUGGCCAUGAUCCUAGCGGUCUUCUUUGCCCAGAUUCACCCCCAUUACCUCACCCAGCAGUGGCACAGACUGCGCUCUGUCAUCUUCUGCUCUGUUGCUGGCUAUGGAGUCAUACCAACCAUCCACUGGGUUUGGCUAAAUGGAGGCUUUAGUGCCCUUAUUGUCCAGGAGUUUGUCCCUCGUGUUCUAGUGAUGUAUCUGAUUGCUGCUGCUGCCUUUCUCUUCUACAUUUCCAAAGUCCCAGAAAGGUAUUUUCCAGGCCAGUUGAAUUACCUUGGAUCAAGUCAUCAAGUAUGGCACAUCCUGGUGGUGCUGAUGUUUUACUGGUGGUACCAGUCUGCAGUGUACAUCAUGAAGUACAGACACAGCCAGCCCUGCCCUGUGUACCCAAUGCACGCCUAACACUGGAAGGAACUGCAGAGUAUAAUAUCCCCAUCCAUUAAAGUGCCUACUUUAGGUGGUCUUUAGUGUUGCACUGCUUGUUUUUCUGUGUUUUGUUUUAUCCUUAAUUAAACGGGGGUUCUUCUCUAUGUUUCUACAAACUUAUGUACUGUUUAGAGUCUUUCUGUGUGUUUUCGUUGUUAUUUAUCAUAGGUGUAUUGAAUGGUUCAUACUUAUUAAUUAUAGUACAGUGGUCAUCUGCAUUUAUAAAAGCUGCUGUGCAACAUUUUUAACCAGGUGUCAUUCGUUUGUUGUUGGCAUUAAAUCGUGUUGUGUUAGCUUUUUUAUUUUUAUAGGAAAAAAAAAAAAGCUUUUAAUUAUGUUUUUGUAUCAGUUUUUUCACUCUAGUAUUCCGGGAAUACCUUAAUUUCUGUUUUUAUGUUUACAUUUUUGCAAAGAGCAUAUUAGCAUACAAGUUUGUCAGAGAUUCUCUGUGAAGCAAGCUUAAGGGGAUUGUAACUUUAAUAAAUUGGAUGUGGGAAUGCAAUUUUAGGUUACGUUAUUCAGCCGUUGCAUUACAGCCGUGAAGAUAAACAGCCUAGGUGUAUUUAAAGAUGUAAUGAAUGUAUCGGUUUGUUGAUUGGUAAUGUAAAAGGUUAUUUCAUGUGUGUUAAACUAAAUGAAUGAUUUGAUCACACUUGGUACACUACAUUAAAGUCAGGUGGGCAUGUUGAUUGUUGCUGCUUUCCAGGACAGUCAAACUGUGUUAAAAGCAUAAGAUACAGACACAUACCAAGUGAUGCUUAUUCACAUUUUGUCAGCUUGGUAUCUCCCAUAUAGAGUAUGUAGAAGAAAGAAAGCAGGCACUUUCCCAAUAUAAGGCCAAAUAAACUCAAGCCAUACACAAUGAAACCAUGUAUUACAAUCCGUUGGUGAUGUGGUAUUAUUGUUACAGCAUUUUGAAUAUGAAUGGCCAUUAUUAUUAGCUCUUUGUGUAAUUUUACUUAACCUGCAUAAUGAAGCAUGUGAGUUUUGUCAUCUACUUAAAUUUGUAUGAAGUUACUUAAUGUAAUGGGGUCCAAAACACUUUCAUUUUAUAAGGGAGGACCCCCAGUUUGUAAACUUGAGUUAAGUUUUCCACUGCUGAUGUAUUGUACUGCACAUUUAUAGUCAAAAGUUAAAAAACAUUUCAGUCAUCUGUUAAAGGCCUUGAAUGUGGCUGGGAACAAUAUGUAAAUAAAACAAUGCCAUCUACUGGAAAUAAAUACCUGUAUAGUGUUUUCCUAGAAUCUAAUUAGUGGUAGAUUCAGAUUCUUAAAAACCAGAUCAAUACAUUUUGAAAUACUGUAUGUGAGCACUGAAUUAUUCACAAUAAAUCCCAAUUAUACUCAGUUUCCUACAAACUAUUUGAUAGAGACGAGAAAGUAAUUCAGCUGAGCAAGUGGCUUGACAAGUUUAACUACCUCUGUUGGGUGGUGUGCUCUUUCAUCGCUACCACUUACGGUAAAACAUGAUUUCUAAAGUAUCUGGAUGCUUUAAUGUAUGUAUAUAAAUGGCACUUAAUAAAGUAAUUAAAAUGUUGCAUGUUAACCAGUAAAGGCUUUGUACAGUAAAAAAAAAACAAAUAGAUAAUCUAAAAUCGGACCACGAGCAUUAGAGACUGUUGGUGUGGAGUAAUAUUCAAUUAAAAGUAUUACAGUAGAAAAAUAUAUAUAGGUUGAUUUGAAACAUUGUAGCAUUUCUAUAAACAAGAUUUUAAUGUGUACGUUUGUUAUACUUAUUAAAUAAAAAAAACUGGCUCAGCUUUUUUGACAUGAACUCUACAUUUUUUUUUUUUUUUUGCUUUUCCUUGUUUACAAUUGUGUAAUUAAUCACUGAACUUUUAUUUAAAUGUAUGUGGAACACUGUACUGGAACAACUGUGUGACAUUUUUGUAACGCAUGUCUUAGAAUGUAAUAAAGAUGUAUUUAUUUUGAAUCAUCA